AACACUCACCAAACAAAGACAACACAACCACUGACAACCAUCAAUUCUCAGAGUAUUAGUUUCAGCUGUUAAGAUACUGAGCAACUGUGCAGCUUCCAGAUUCAAAGGAAGACAGGAUGGGUGUCGGAUGGAUCAUAUCAGUUUUCCUGUUUCUAAUAGCUGCUCCAACAACAACAAUGUCUGCUCCAACUACAACAAUGCCAGCUCCAACUACAACAACGUCUGCCCCAACAACAACAACGCCUGUUCCAAAAACAACAACACCUGCUCCAACAACAACAACGUCUGCACCACCAACAACAACAACGUCUGCUCCAACAACAACAACACCUGCUCCAACAACAACAACGUCUGCCCCAACAACAACAAUGCCUGUUCCAAAAACAACAACGUCUGCUCUAACAACAACAACGUCUGCCCCCAAAAAAACAACAUCUGCUCCAACGACAACACCUGCUCCAACAAAAACAACGCCUGCUCCAACAACAACAACACCUGCUCCAACAAAAACAACGUCUGCUCCAACAACAACAACGUCUGCCCCAACAACAACAAUGCCUGCUCCAACAACAACAACGUCUGCCCCAACAACAACAACGUCUGCCCCAACAACAACAACAUCUGCCCCAACAACAACCACACCUGCUUCAACAACAACGUCUGGCCCAACAACAACAACAACGUCUGCUCCAACAACAACAACACCUGCUCCAACUACAACAACGUCUGCCACAACAACAACAACAACAACAAAAACGUCUGCCCCAACAACAACAACGUCUGCCCCAACAACUACAACCACGUCUGCCCCAACAACAACAACGCCUGCUCCAACAACAACAACACCUGCUCAAACAAAAACAAUGCCUGCUCCAACAACAACAACACCUGCUCCAACAACAACAAUGUCUGCCCCAACAAAGACAACAACCACACCUGCUAUAACAACGCCUGCUCCAACAACAACGUCUGCCCCAAAAACAACAAUGCCUGCUCCAACAACAACAACGUCUGCCCCAACAACAACAACAACGUCUUCCCCAACAACAACAACAUCUGCUCCAACAACAACAACGCCUGUUCCAACAACAACAACAACAACGUCUGCUCCAACAUCAACAACGUCUGCCCCAACAACAACAACAACGUCUUCCCCAACAACAACAACAUCUGCUCCAACAACAACAACGCCUGCUCCAACAACAACAACAACAACAACGUCUGCUCCGACAACAACAACGUCUGCUCCAACAACAACAACACCUGCUCCAACAACAACAACGCCUGCUCCAACAACAACGUCUGCCCCAACAACAACAACACCUGCUCCAAAAACAACAACGCCUGCUCCAACAACAACAACGUCUGCCCCAACAACAACAACACCUGCUCCAACAACAACAACGUCUGCCCCAACAACAACAACAACGUCUGCUCCAACAACAACAACACCUGCUCCAACAAUAACAACAACAACGUCUGCCCCAACAACAACAACAACAACGUCUGCUCCUACAACAACAACGCCUGCUCCAACAACAUCAAUGUCUGCUCCAACAACAACAACACCUACGACAACAACGUCUGCCCCAACAACAACAACUACAACAACAACGCCUGCUCCAACAACAACGUCUGCUAUAACAACAAUGUCUGCUCCAACAACAACAACACCUGCUCCAACAACAACAACGCCUGCUCCAACAACAACAACGCCUGCUCCAACAACAACAACGUCUGCCCCAACAACAACAACACCUGCUCCAACAACAACAACGUUUGCCCCAACAACAACAACUACAACAACACCUGCUCCAACAACAACAACGCCUGCUCCAACAACAACGUCUGCCAUAACAACAAUAACAACAAUGUCUGCUCCAACAACAACAACGCCUGCCCCAACAACGCCUGCUCCAACAACAAAAACGUCUGCACCACCAACAACAACAACAACGUCUGCCCCAACAACAACAACGCCUGCUCCAACAACAACAACAACACCUGCUCCAACAACAACAACGUCUGCCCCAACAACAACCACACCUGCUUCAACAACAACGUCUGCCCCUUCAACAACAACAACAACGUCUGCUCCAACAACAACAACGUCUGCCCCAACAACUACAACGCCUGCUCCAACAACAACAACAACACCUGCUCCAACAACAACAACGUCUGCCCCAACAACAACAACAACAACAACGUCUGCCCCAACAACAACAACGCCUGCUCCAACAACAACAACAACACCUGCUCCAACAACAACAACGUCUGCCCCAACAACAACAACAACAAUAACGUCUGCUCCAACAACAACCACACCUGCUUCAACAACAAUGUCUGCUCCAACAACAACAACAACAACAACGUCUGCCCCAACAACAACAACAACGUCUGCUCCAACAACAACAACGUCUGCUCCAACAACAACAACGCCUGCUCCAACAACAACAACGCCUGCUCCAACAACAACGCCUGCUCCAACAACAACAACGCCUGCUCCAACAACAACAACGCCUGCCCCAACAACAACAACAUCUGCUCCAACAACAACAACGUCUGCCCCAACAACAACAACUACAAGAACACCUGCUCCAACAACAAUAACAUCUGCCCCAACAACAACAACGUCUGCUCCAACAACAACAACGUCUGUUCCAACAACAACAACGUCUGCCCCAACAACAACAACACCUGCUCCAAAAACAACAACGUCUGCUCCAACAACAACAACGUCUGCUCCAACAACAACAACACCUGCUCCAACAACAACAACGCCUGCUCCAACAACAACGUCUGCCCCAACAACAACAACACCUGCUCCAAAAACAACAACGCCUGCUCGAAAAACAACAACGUCUGCCCCAACAACAACAACGUCUGCCCCAACAACAACAACAACAACAACGUCUGCUCCAAAAACAACAACACCUGCUCCAACAACAACAACGUCUGCUCCAACAACAACAACGCCUUCUCCAACAACAACAACGCCUGCUCCAACAACAACAACGCCUGCUCCAACAACAAUAACAUCUGCCCCAACAACAACAACGUCUGCUCCAACAACAACAACGUCUGCUCCAAAACAACAACGUCUGCCCCAACAACAACAACACCUGCUCCAAAACAACAACGUCUGCCCCAACAACAACAACACCAACAACAAAACUCUCAAAACCACCUGCUCCAACAACAACGUCUGCCCCAACAACAACAACACCUGCUCCAAAAACAACAACGCCUGCUCCAAAAACAACAACGUCUGCCCCAACAACAACAACGUCUGCCCCAACAACAACAACAACAACAACGUCUGCUCCAACAACAACAACACCUUCCCCAACAACAACAACGCCUGCCCAACAACAACGUCUGCCCCAACAACAACAACACCUGCUCCAACAACAACAACACCUGCUCCAAAAACAACAACGUCUGCCCCAACAACAACAACAACAGUCUGCUCCAACAACAACAACACCUGCUCCAACAACAAUGUCAGCGCCUACUCCAACAACAAAAAAGUCUGCCCCAACAACAACAACAAGCGCUCCAAAAACAACAACGCCUGCUCCAAAAACAACAACGCCUGCCCCAACAACAACAACGCCUGCCCCAACAACAACCGCUCCAACAACAACAACGCCUGCUCCAACAACAACAACACCUGCCCCAACAACAACAACGUCUGCUCCAACAACAACAACAACAACACCCCAACCACAACAAAGCCUGCUCCGACAACAACAACGCCUGCUCCAACAUCAACAACGUCUGCCCCAACAACAACAACAACACCUGCUCCAACAAGAACAACGCCAGAUCCAACAACAACAACGUCUGCUCCAACAACAACAACGUCUGCCCCAACAACACCAAUGCCUGCUCCAACAUCAACAAAUACACCUGCUCCAACAACAACGUCUGCCCCGACAACAACAACGUCUGCCCCAACAACAACAACAACAACGUAUGCUCCAACAACAACAACACCUGCUCCAACAACAACAAUGUCUGCCCCUACAACAACAACAACGUCUGCUCCAAAAACAACAACGUCUGCUCCAAAAACAACAACACCUGCUCCAACAACAACAACGUCUGCCCCAACAACAACAACAACAACAACGUCUGCUCCAAAAACAACAACACCUGCUCCAACAACAACAACGUCUGCUCCAACAACAACAACGCCUGCUCCAACAACAACAACGCCUGCUCCAACAACAAUAACAUCUGCCCCAACAACAACAACACCUGCUCCAACAACAACAACGCCAGCUCCAACAACAACAACAACACCUGCUCCAACAACAACGUCUGCCCCAACAAAAACAAUGCCUGCUGCAAGAACCACAACGUCUGCCACAACAACACCAAUGCCUGCUCCAACAUCAACAAAUACACCUGCUCCAACAACGUCUGCCCCGACAACAACAACGUCUGCCCCAACAACAACAACAACAACGUAUGCUCCAACAACAACAACACCUGCUCCAACAACAACAAUGUCUGCCCCUACAACAACAACAACGUCUGCUCCAAAAACAACAACGUCUACUCCAAAAACAACAACACCUGCUCCAACAACAACAACGUCUGCCCCAACAACAACAACGUCUGCUCCAAAAACAACAACACCUGCUCCAACAACAACAACGCCUUCUCCAACAACAACAACGCCUGCUCCAACAACAACAACGCCUGCUCCAACAACAAUAACAUCUGCCCCAACAACAACAACGCCAGCUCCAACAACAACAACAACACCUGUUCCAACAACAACGUCUGCCCCAACAAAAACAAUGCCUGCUGCAAGAACAACAACGUCUGCCACAACAACAACAAAAACAACAACAAUGUCUGCUCAAACAACAACAACAAUGAACAAAAACGCCUGCUCCAAUAA